CUCAUCAUCUGAUGCUGAUUAGUGGAUAUUCUUACAAUAAUUUGGAGUUUCUUGUUUUGUCUCUGGCUGAAGCAAAAUUUGGAUAUAUUCUGGAGGCUUUAGACAUGGGUGCUCCUCCACAUGGGGGAAUUGCAUAUGGUUUAGAUAGAUCGGUUAUGUUGUUGGCCGACGCUAAUUCCAUCAGGGAUGUCAUUGCUUUCCCAAAGACGACAACUGUGCAGUGUGCCCUUACUCGGGCACCAUCAGAGGUUGAUCCACAGAAGCUAAAAGAUCUAUCUUUUCAUGUUCAAUAG